AUGGGUCUCUACGAGGACGAAGACGACCGAGAAGAGUACAAGCAACACAAUGCUCCUGAUCCAGAGAGCGAAGCGCUGCUCCCGACCUCACAGCAGAAGAUUCAGGAUCCAGCACAGUCCAGGUGCACCUCGAGAUGUUCCGUAUUCACCUCUCGUCAUGCAUGGCAGAUGUCCCUGGCUUUUCUGAGCGGGAUUAUGGCUUGCGCAUUCUUGCAACUCCUCAUCGGUUCCCGUCAUUGGUUAUUUUCUGGACAGGACGCUGACACCCUCAAUGUAAACAUUCUCGCCCCCCCAUACGUUGGUUCCACAGAGGUCCACCAUUUCCCUCCUGCGACUCCGACUAACUACUUUCCUUCGUUGUUCCCAACUCAUGUUGGUCAUGCUGGCCCAACACCAACCGGCGCGGAGCCCGGACUCAUUGCUACUGCCCCAGCGUAUCCCAUACAUAGUGGCGCUGCUCACUUGGUGUCACCUUCUUUUACUCAACAGGGAGCUAACAAGAGCGAUUUUAACUUAUUCACACAUUGGGGAAAUCUCUCUCCUUGGUUCAGUGUCGGCAAGGGUGCGUUCGGGCUGGACUCCAGUCCAGAGGCUCCUGAUACCUGUCGUGUCACUGGCUUGCAUCUCCUGCACAGACAUGGUGCACGUUAUCCAACCGAGUGGGCAUCGUAUGGCGGUCCCGCAAAGUUAGCCUCGAGAUUGAAUGAGGCUGCUUCGUGGUGGACUGCUAGCGGCGGCCUGACAUUUUUGAAUGACUGGACCUAUAAGCUAGGGGAAGAGAUCUUGACGCCGUUUGGCAGGCAACAGCUAUUUGAUCUCGGGGUCUCGAUGCGUAUGAAGUAUGGUUUCCUGUUGAAGAAUUUUACGGAAACCAAUACUAUACCCGUCUUCCGCACUGAGUCGCAGGAUCGUAUGUUGGCGUCGGCAUUGAAUUUUGCAAUUGGUUUUUUUGGUUAUCCUUUCGAGGGACAGUAUGAGCAAAGUAUCACGAUUGAAGAUCCUGGUUACAACAAUACGCUUGCGCCGUAUAAGACAUGCCCUAAUGCGGCUUUUCCCUCAAAAUCCGAUCGUGCUUUCCCUUAUUUACAACAAUGGACCUCUAUAUAUCUCAGGGAUGCACUUGCCCGCCUUGCCCCUCAAUUGCAAGGCUACAAUCUAACUAUUGAGGAUGUGUAUACCUUCCAACAGCUGUGUGCAUAUGAGACUGUCGCCAUUGGAUAUUCCAAAUUCUGCGAACUCUUCACAGAAGAGGAAUGGGAAGGCUUUGAUUAUGCAAUGGAUAUAUACUUCUGGUACGAUUCCGCUUUCGGAUCACCCCUAGCGAAGGUAUUGGGUAUAGGAUAUGUUCAAGAACUGGUUGCGCGCCUUACGCAUACACCUAUCGCAACGCACAAUUCAUCCACCAAUGCCACCUUGGAUGAUAGCCCCUUGACAUUUCCUUUAAAUCAAAGCUUGUAUGUUGAUGCUACACACGAAGUUGUAGUGCUGCACGUUAUUACCGCACUCAACUUGACUACUUUGGCUUCCUCGGGUCCCCUUCCCGCUGAUCAUAUACCUUCUCACCGUUCAUUCAAGGCAUCCCAUCUCGCACCGUUUGCUACGAACAUUCAGUUCCAGCUCCUUUCAUGUUCCUCGGUGAAAGACCCUCAAAUCCGUAUCAUAAUCAACGAUGGUGUGGUGCCACUUACAGGUCUUAAAGGUUGUCCGGUUCAGCAAGAUGGGAUGUGUUCCCUUGCUACAUUCGUUGAGGCGCAGAAAGAGAUUAUCGAGGAAACAGACUGGGAAUACGGAUGCCACGGCGAUUGGGAGAUCCCUGCGGGACCAGCAUGGAAUACUACAACAGGGUCACCCCCUUCGCUAUAG